UUUGACCAGCGCAUAGUCUACUUUGUUAGCUCUGCCCACAAACAUUUCAACAUGUUCAAACUGUCUGCUGUCAUCUUUGUGCUCGGCGCCGUUCUCGCCUGCAGCCUACAGGCUGAGGCCAAGCCCGCGGUUCUCGUGGAUGCCGCUCCUGCGGUGGUAACUGCCACCAGCUCCCAGUAUGUGGCACGCAAUUACAAUGGCAUCGCUGCUGCGCCCAUUGUUGCCGCUGCCCCCGUUGCCGCCGCCUACACCGCGCCCGUUGCCGCCGCCUACACCGCGCCCAUUGCUGCCGCUGCUGCCCCCGUUGCCGCCGCCUACACUGCGCCUGUUGCCUAUCCCUACAGCUACCCCUAUACCGCUGCUGCCUACACAUAUCUAUAAAUGAUUCAUCUGAUUCAAACGGCUUGACUCAUCAAGAUUUACUUUUUUUGUAAAUAAAAACAAUUGCUCGAGAGGAAUUAUUUGGUUUCUUGAUUGUAGAGAAUCGAUGUUUUGUUAAGGAUUCAAAAUAUGUGUUUUUGAUGUGUCUUAACAAGCCAAUAAGUUGAUUUUCUAAAAUGCAUUUUACUUCUUUUGUUGUAUAUUCCUGCUUGAUUGAUUAUUUGGUGGACAGGUAACUUCUAUUCUAUUCCUGGUUCGACCCUCCUGGUUAGAACCCUCGAACUGCCACAAAAUGCAAAUUCUAAUUUAAAGCUUUUGG